AAGAGUUGAUAAGUGGGCCUAGUUCAUAUCGCGACAUCUCGUUGAACGGUUCUUGACGACGACAUUUGGCAAACCCACUUAAAUGUCAACAGCACAGAGCAGAGAGAGAGUGAGAGAGGAUAAAAUGGAUAACGUUAACCAUCCAUUCCUCUCGCUGCUGCUGCCCCACGUUCCAAAGGAAUGGAAGCGAGUGCGCUCCCUUCCCUCUGCCCAAAACCUUCAACGCUUUUCCUCAUUAACAAACCCUUUACCACCCAAAUUUUCCUGCACACUGCUCCCCGGCGUGUUCAGCCUCUGAGAGCUGGGCCAGAUGGUAGCAGCGGUAGCACUGGUGCCAACGGCGAUGGUGGCGAUACUCCUCCACCCGUCACACCAGCAGUUGCACCGCCAGAAAAGGUUGAGAUCCGGUUCCGACGGGGAUCGAGAAGAAGGUCAAGACAACAGGACGGCAACAGUGCCGGUGGACUACCCAAAGCACCUGCGCCACCAAAGGACUGGGAAUUAAUGACUAUCACUGAGAAGGCAGUGGAGUUGUACAUGGGGGAGAAGGGUCUGCUGUUUUGGCUCAACAAGUUUGCAUAUGCGUCCAUAUUCAUCAUCAUCGGAGGAUGGAUCCUAUUCCGUUUUGUUGGUCCCUCGCUCGGCCUCUACCAACUCGACUCUUCUCCUUUGCCCCCCUCAGCCAUGUUCAAGGGCUCAUGAUAAAAUCAACGAAUUGAACAAGUACAGAGAAACAAUGUACAUCAUCAAUACCAUCUAUCUAUCAAUCCAUCACCUAUUACUCCCGUCUAUUUUCUUACUUUACAUUUGCUUCUGCAACCAACAAA